CAAGAUCGACCAAUGGUCACGUCCACAAAAAUUGCCAUAGUUAUCGCCAUCUUGUGCUUCUUGUGUUGCAACGUCUUCCUCCCUUUGUCAGCAGCUUCCUCCAAUGAUUUCCUCCAAUGUCUCUCGCCGAGGAUACCGAGCGAGCUCGUGUACCGGCAAAGCUCGAGUGGCUUCAUGUCAGUGCUUCAGUCCUCCGUUCAGAACCCUAAGUUCCUGACCAACACCACGGUGCGGCCGCUGUGCAUCAUCACGGCGUCCGACGUUUCUCACGUCCAGGUCGCCGUUAGCUGCGGCCGCCGCAACGGCGUGCGCCUCCGCGUGCGCAGCGGUGGGCACGACUACGAGGGCCUGUCGUACCGGUCCGUGCGCCCCGAGGUAUUCGCGGUGCUGGACCUCGCUACGCUCCGCGGCGUGCGCGUCCGCCCCGGCGAGGCCAGCGCAUGGGUGGACGCUGGCACGACACUGGGUGAGGUGUACUACGCCAUCGGCACGACCAACCCUGGGUUCUUGUUCCCCGGUGGCGUGUGUGCAACCGUCGGCGUGAGUGGCUUCCUCAGCGGUGGUGGCAUCGGCCUGAUGAUGCGCAAGUACGGAGUCGGAGGGGACAACGUCAUCGACGCCAAGAUCGUCAAUGCCAACGGUGACCUCCUCGACAGGGCCGCCAUGGGGGAGGACCUCUUCUGGGCCAUUCGGGGUGGCGGUGGCGAGAGCUUCGGUGUCGUCGUGGCGUGGCGGCUGAAGCUCUCGAAGGUCCCACCAACGGUGACGGUGAUCAACAUCGUCAAGACCGUCGAGCAGGGAGCCACCGACCUCCUCGCCAAGUGGGAGACGACCAUUCUGAGGCCAUUCCUUACAGACCUCACCAUCCGGGUCGCCCUGCAGGGCAAUCAAACUCUGUUCCAGUCACUCUACCUCGGCAGGUGCUCGCGCCUUGUUGACACGAUGCGCUCCGUCUUCCCGGAGCUAGGCAUGACAGCGGAUGACUGCUGGGAGAUGAGCUGGCUGCGCGCCAUCGCGUUCAUCUACUUCGGCAGAACCGACGUGCCAGUGGAGGGGCUCCUGAACCGGACAAACAGCCUGGGCACCUACUUCAAGAGCAAGUCAGACUACGUGCGGCGCGGUAUCGGCAAGGUCGGGUGGGAGAGCAUCUUCCAGCAGCAGCUCUCCCGGAACGGUGCCGGGCUCAUGAUCCUGGAGCCGCACGGCGCGUCUGUCGGCGGUGCCAACACGAAUGCCACCUCGCCGUACCCACACCGCAGGGGCGUAUUGUACAACAUCCAGUACGGCUCCAUGUGGUGGGGUGAGGCCAACGGCACCGCGGCGGCGACGGCGAUCGGGUGGCUCAACGGCCUGUAUGGGUUCUUGGAGCAGUUCGUGAGCAGCAACCCCAGGGAGGCGUUCGCCAACUACCGAGACCUGGACCUCGGCCAGAACGUGGUAGGCCGCGACGGCGUGACGACGUACAGGAGCGGGAGGGUGUGGGGUGAGAGGUACUUCAUGGGGAACUUCCGGCGGCUGGCGGCGGUGAAGGGGAGGGUGGAUCCCGGUGAGUACUUUAGGAACGAGCAGAGCAUCCCGCCGCUUCUGCCAAAGUCUUAG